AUGGCCGACUUUGACCCCUCCCCACGAUCUUCAAAGCGAAGACGAACCGGUACAUAUGCCACAAGACGAACGACAUUAAGCAAUGCCGAUGCGAAUUUGUCCACGGAAGUUGGAGACGAAGCUGCGCCCGAAGAUGAGGGUGUCUCUCCAGCUUUCCCAGUAGCUACUUAUGAUGAGGCUCCUGCAACAGUUGAACAUUCAUCGUUGAGCAGUGCCUCUCGUCGAGCUACUGGAAACACGAAGCAGAAGUCGCGGGACACCGUACGAUCGUCGGCAAAGAGAGCAUCAGAAGCAGCCAAACAGGAGGAUGGUGAGGCCGUUCCCGCUUGGCGGACUUCGAAAGAGGUGGACCAGGACGAUUACCCAGGGGAGACUACCUCGGGUAAGGAGACAGAGGCCCAGACCCCGGGGGACACAGCCGACACUCAAGCGCACACACGAUCCAGCGGACGCACACGUCGACUUCCCAAGCGCUUUGCUGGUGAUGAGGAGUCGGCUGAUGUAACUUUUGUGUCGCAAAGGAAGAGCAGGAGUGUUCAAAGGACCACAACGAGGCUGUCGUCUCCAGCUCGCCAACAGUCACUUCAAUCACCACAGCCGAAGGGGAUUUUGACUCCUUCAAGGAGAGGAAAGCGCACAGGACCCAGGAAAUCGGUCGUCUUCAACGGCGAUGAUCAUGACAAGCGGAUAGAAGAGCAGCUGGGGUUCAAGGACAUCGGUAGCUCGAGCAAGAAAAAGAGAUCCAAGCGUGCUACGGCGAAAGAGGCGGUUGAUGGCCGUGAAGAAUCACCAGAGAUUAGGGACACGGAGCAAGUGGGUCGUGAGAGGGCUACCACGCCUCUCGAAAACGAUGACGAUGACGACGACGACGACGACGACGACGACGACGCUCUACAUUUCGAUGCUGUUCCAAACAUCGAGGAGAUUCUCGCACAACCCCUAGAACAAGGGAGCAAUAGAAACCCAGCAGGUCAACCAGCCAGUGUAGAGGACAACGAGUAUGUCCUCAAAAUCAAGACCAAGAUCCUCAACCGCUUGACCGCCAAUGCCCUCAGCCCUGUCAUCCAUCUUGAGAAGGAGUACACGACACUCCACACCCUACUCAGCGCGACCAUCACGGCGGGCGAGUCCAACUCGCUCUUACUGCUUGGGUCUCGAGGAUCCGGCAAGACGCUGCUCAUCGAGCACGCACUACAAGACCUGACACGCAAGCAUGCCGACGACUUCCACAUUGUCCGCCUGGAUGGUUUCUUCCAGACAGACGACAAGCUGGCCCUGCGCGAAAUCUGGCGCCAGCUCGGCCGCGAGAUGGCCGUGUCGGAAGACGAGACGGGCGAGGUCUCCAGCUAUGCGGAUACUAUGGCUAGCCUGCUCAGCCUUCUGUCUCACCCGGAGGAGUUUGGUACUGUCGGCGACGACGUCAUGGACAUCGCCGUACCAGCCCCGGGUGGUGGUAUUGCCACGGCUGCCACCAGCGGCAAGAUUUCCAAGAGUGUGGUCUUCAUCCUCGACGAGUUUGAUCUCUUCACGACGCACCCCCGCCAGACCCUUUUAUACAACCUCUUCGACAUUGCGCAGGCGAAGAAGGCGCCCAUCGCGGUCCUCGGGUGUAGCACCCGCAUGGAUGUGGUUGAUCUGCUAGAGAAACGCGUCAAGAGUCGCUUCAGCCAUCGCUGGCUGCACGUCGCAUCCAUGAAGAGCCUGGUUGCGUUCGAAGAUGCCGUCCGUAGGAAUUUGUGCUUGUCUGUGGAUGGCCAUGAGGCGUUGGGCUUGUCAGCCAGUGAGCUUGAGUGGAGAGGAAAAUGGAAUGAGUUUAUCAAGACUCGAUUCCUCGCCACACGGCCGAUCCAAAUGCUCGUCAAGAAGAGCUUCUACAGCACAAAGUCCAUCCCAGAUCUAAUGGGAGCGUUGUACAUCCCCAUCGCGACACUUGGUCUCGCUGAAGGGUGGCAAGAUGGUAAUUCGGAGGAAAAGGGCGCCCAAUUCGUCUCGCCUUCCACGCAGCCCUCCCUGCUUGCUCUCCUCCCACAACUCCCCACCUUGCAUUUGGCGCUGCUUGUUGCUGGCACACGCUUAGAAACGAUUCACAAUCUAACCACUAUCAAUUUUGCUCUCGUGUAUAGCCACUACUGCGAUCUUCUUGCCCGAUCAAAGUUGCAACAGUCGUCGUAUUCUGCUCUCGCCGGCGGAGGGGCCUUCACGGGCGCAGGAUUACGGUCUUGGAACAAAGACACCACACGCGGGGCGUGGGAGGAUCUAGCUGCAUGGGAGGUCAUUGUUCCUGUUGGCGGGUUGGGUGGCAACAGCACAUCAGUGGGGAAACUGGGCGAUGAAGGAGUUGGGAGCGACGGAGCAGGUAACCGGAUGUUCAGGCUAGACAUUGUACUCGAUGAUGUGGCUUGGGCGAUUAAACAGAAACUGGGCACGGCUGGUGCAGGUAACAUGCUGACCAGGUGGUGUAAAGAGGUAUAG